AUGAGCUCACCCAUCCCCACCAUCACGGUCAAGCUCGAGCCCGGCGUCGAGGUCCGCGCCUCACGCGAGAGCACAGUCCUCACUGUUAAGACCGAGCGCCCAAGCCCACCGCCGACCUCGGCGUCGUCGCGCGCCGCGUCAAGCCAGCCGAGCGUGCGCUCCACCCCAGCACCACGCACUCGGCCUCCAAUCUCUGCCUCCCGACCGACCUUCUCGAACCGCGGGUCCACUCCGCGCAAGCGCAGCUCGGCUACGCCGACCCCGCUCCGCAGCUUCAAGGCGCCACCUGCGCCCGUUCGCACGAAGCCCACAACGCCCCCGAGCAGGCCACGCCCCUUCGGCUUCGGGUCCAACGCCACGCCUGGGCCCAGCCGCCCGCGGGGCGCACCGUCUAUCGCAUCCUCCUCCUCGCGCGCGGCAUCAGUGACGUCGCACUCGUCGUCCUCCUCCCGUGCUUCGUCGAUGACGGCGGAGUCCGAGAGGACUUGGCGUGCGGCGUCGCUCGCGUCCUUCGACGAUUCGGUCGCGCAGCGCCGGCCCACACCCCUCCCGCGCAUUCGCGAGCCGCGCGCCCCAGUCGCCCCUCCUCCGCUGCUCCCUCUCCUGCCUGACGGGCUUCAGACCCAGUUGGCAAACUUCGUCGCUGCGAUCGGCGACUUCGCCGACAAGUUCGGCGACGACAACGCGGUUGUAGCGGAUCAGCGCCAGGACCUCACUCUCCAGGUCCUCGACGCUCUCUUCACCGGUGAUGCUGAGGCGUCAGUGCCGGCCGAUAUUGUGGUCAAGCGCGGUGCUGGCGCCGAUAUCGCGCUCAACACCGUCUCCAGGACCCUGCGCAGCCUGGACAGCGUGCUUCGCCACACCACGAGGGGCGCCCUCAGGGGCUACCCGAGCGACAGCGCCCCUCCUCGUGCGAGCGAGGAGGCGAGGCAGCGCUCGUGGUGGAACACCUACCAGGUGUUCAUCACCCAAGUGGUGGAUGGGGAGGGCACCAGGGACCUGCGAGCCGGCGAUGUCGAUGAGAUCAUCUUUGCCUUCGGCUCCAUGUGGCUCGAAGACGCCCGCGUCAAGAGCGCCCUUCGCGACCUGAGGCUCAUGAGGCGUCUCAUUUCGGCCAUUGUGGGUAUUGGUGGUACUGUGGCCAAGAGUAUCUGGAGGUAG